AUGGCAUCAAUGCCAUGUCAAGAGCGAGCCCGACAUUCUGUGUGUGCUUUGCAAGAUGUUGCUUCUUCUAUGAGUCUUCCAGCUUGGAUGAGCCGCAUGAAUGCGGCUUGCUUUGCUGCUUCCUUGGAUUUUGAGGAUGUCUGUGCGAUGGCGAACCAGCAUCCUUUUGGUCCGCUUGCUGCUGAAGCUUCACAGCAGAUCCAUGAGGAAGCUGCCAUGGUGGUGUUGGCCGGUGCUAUGGACUUCGGAUCCAGUUGGCGUGAUGAGCUUCGCAGCUUCCAUGGGAAAGGUGCUUGGCCCACGGUCAAACAAGGAGUGGAGAGUCUCUCUUCUCUUUGUCCCGACUUGAAGGCUGAAUGGCUGUACAGCCUCAGCCACAAAGCAAUGGCCAUGCAUCUCGGACUUGAGAAUGCUGAGCAUUUGGAACCGUUUGUGCACAAAUUGCACCAGGUGGUGCGUGAAAUUGGCGAGGGCCUCAUCAAGAAGAAUGCGAAGAGCAUGGCAGAGCACCUUAUGAACUUUUUAGACGAAGUUCGUGGGGACAAACAUGCAGCGAGCAAGCUGAUACAAGAGCUUGCAGAGACGUUCCCGAUGGCCUUCCAGGACACUGCGUAUUUGAAGCGCCUGCCCAUCUAUUUCUACAAGAAGGCACAGGCUGUGGUUUGCGAACUGUAUGAGCGGUUCCACCUGUUGGAUGAUCGUUUUGACUUCGCAGACAUCGACUUGUUGACCGGAAACGUUGAUCCGUUGGUGAUCGCUGUGUUGCGAAAGCAUCAAGUGGUGAGAACCACCUGGGACUUGGCUCGAAGUCUUGAUGCCAACACCGACUUGACGACCGGCGGUGCAGCAGAAGUGUCCCUCCGAGCAGCUGCCACGGCAGCACUGGAGGAUAUGGCUUGGCUUGGCAGGAUGAAAGGCUUUCCAGUUACGCCUGUGAUGCUGGGAAACUAUCUUUGGGGUUGCUUUGGCAAAUCAGAGGCAUACGUGUCAGCACAAAGGAGCCUCCUCUCCAAACAAGCCGAAGGGCUGAAGGAGAUCGAGAAGGAAACCGUUCACCUUCAUCGUGAGAACAAACAGCUGAAGUCCCGACUAGCAGACUCAGAGGGAGGCAAACACAGCGUUCCUGGAAUUUUGCACGAGCAAGACGUGUCAGACUACCCAGCAGGCUCUGAAUUGUCGCAGGCUUGGGCUGAUCCCAGUCACAGUGAAGCUGGAACAGGAAGCCAUCCGGUGGGUCUAGCGGCCAUUGUUCCAGUGCCAUCGCCCUCGACAUCCAGAAAUUCCAGGAUGUCCAGCAAAGAGCAGGACAAGCACCAUGUGAAUUCGCAUUCGCAUGAUCCAUCAAUCGGCAGGGAUUCUGCACCUCAGGCUGCAGCUUUCCCUGAUGCUGAUGCCCUCAAAAGGGCGCUGAAGCAAAAUUUGAGCAAAGAGGCUUACGACGUGUCCCAAUUCUACUGGGAGACAGGUUGUUGCCAAAGGAUUGCUCGCUCCAGCUGUUUUGAGAACCUGACCCUGCUCAUGAUAGCAAUCAAUUCCAUUUGGAUUUGGAUCGAUACGGAUUUGAACAAGUCGUCCACACUGCUGGACGCCGAACCAGUUUUCAUCGUAGUGGAGAACCUCUUUUGCGUCUACUUUUGCGUGGAGCUGGGCUUUAGGUUUGGCGCCUUCCGGUUCAAGCGAGACUGCUUUAAAGAUGCGUGGUUUUGCUUCGACUCGCUGUUGGUUGGCUUGAUGGUGUUUGAGACUUGGAUCCUUACCAUCGUUGUUGCAGCCAUCGGCUCCGCCAUGAGCAGUCCGAGCUUUCUUCGGGUGCUGCGUCUUUUCCGCCUGACGCGAAUGGCGAGGAUGGCACGACUUCUCCGCGCUUGCCCUGAGCUUUUCGUUAUGCUCAAAGCCAUCGGAGUUGCGUUCCGGUCCGUGAUGUUCGCUCUGCUUCUUCUUCUGGGCUUGGUUUAUGUUUUUGCGAUUUUCUUCACGCAGACGUUGGAUGGCAAGCAUGAGAAUUUCAAAACCGUGUCCGUUUCAAUGAACACGCUGCUGCUCAAUGGGGCAUUGCCAGACCAAUCAGACCUGGUAAACUCGCUGAUGGAUGAGCACUGGUUCUUCUAUGGGCUGAUACUGACGUACUUGUUAUUGGCCUCACUGACGGUUAUGAACAUGCUCAUCGGUAUCCUAUGUGAAGUGAUCAGCGUCGUUUCACAUGUGGAAAAAGAAGCUAUCAAGCUCAAUGCUGUGAAAGCCUCCUUGCAUAGAAUUCUGGAGGAAACUGGAGCGGAUUCAGAUGGUGAUAAGAAGCUGAAUCGACAAGAGCUGGAGAUGCUUCUGGGCAACAAGAAGGCUGUCGCAACGCUUCACGAUGUGGGCGUCGAUCUUCUUGCACUCGUCGACCUCAUGGACUUCAUAUUUGAGCAGAAUGAGGAUCUGACGUUUGAAGAGUUCAUGGGCAUUGUCCUGGACUUGAGAGGAGACAAUGCUGCGACGGUUAAAGAUAUUGUCGAUUUGAGGCGAUUCGUCAGCUCCCAGACAAAGAAGAUCGAAAGAAUCUACAAAGAGGCUGCACUUUCCAAAGUGCCUACAUCUUCAUUGAAGCCGCCCUCGGCACCCCAGCCAUCGCUGGAGGAUCACUUUGGAGCACGGCCUCCAUAG